AUGGAGACCAACAACAGGGGCCUUAGACUGCUUGAGUUUGCCAGAAUUUAUCACCUCAAUUUGGCCAACACUAUCCACUGCCACAAACUGCCUGGAACCACAACAUGGAACUCAUCUAACGGGCAAGUCCACAACCAGAAAGAUUUCGUUCUGGUUCCGCAACGCUUCAAGUCCAGCUACAACAAAGCGAAAACAAGAACAUUAUCUGGCGCAGACAUCGGCAGCGAUCAUGACCUUCUCUCUUCUCUAUUUGGGAAAUCGCUGCUUCUUUCCGUCAUGUCGGCCUAUUCCAGCCAGCCUGUUUCAGAUAACGAUGCUUGGGCACUGUUGUCGUUGAAAAGUGCCCCGUCCAGCCCUUCGAAAGUGUGUUCAUGGCCCCGGGAUUGCGAAGGACCUGUGCUCGCCCGGCUUGAGGGUCGAGAUUUCGAAUACUCAAUGCGCCAAACGAAAAUCGUGAUCGGCCGGCACAGCAGCAAAGGCGACGUCAAUAUUAACGUUGGACACUCGAGUUUCAUUUCCAGAAAACAUCUGGAAUUGUGCUACGAGCCGCCCAAUUUUUUUAUGAAAUGUUCCGGUAAAAACGGUGUCUUUGUCGACGGCAUUUUUCAAAGAAAGGGACUGGCCCCAUUGCAACUACCAAAAAAUUGUGUUCUUAGGUUUCCUAGCACCAACAUCAAAAUAGUUUUCCAAUCAAUGUUAAAUGAUGAUGAAAGUUCCCCUCCUAGUCCUAAAAAGAAGAAUCUACCUCCACUGAAGCUCAACAUUCCUGAAGUUGGAGAUGGCAUUUUCAACAGUCCAUGUCCUUCCCCUACAGGAACGAUUAGUGCUGCAAAUUCUUGCCCCAAUAGUCCUCGAGGUGGUUCCAGUCACCGUACACUGGUACCUGACCUUGGGGAAGCAGUUUAUGCUGCACAUGUUGGAGGUGACAACAAUGGCCAACAGAUCUCCGGUGAAAACUCCAAGGAUGAGUCCAAACCUCCAUACUCUUAUGCCCAGCUUAUUGUCCAGGCGAUAUCUUCGGCCACAGAUAAACAGCUCACAUUGAGUGGAAUUUAUGCUUACAUUACUAAAAAUUACCCCUACUAUAGGACAGCUGAUAAAGGAUGGCAGAACUCUAUCAGACACAAUCUUUCUUUGAAUCGGUAUUUUGUAAAAGUUCCUCGUUCUCAAGAAGAACCUGGCAAAGGCUCUUUCUGGAGGAUUGAUCCUGCCUCAGAAAGUAAACUCACAGCUCAGGCAUUUAGAAGAAGGCGCCAAAGAGGAGUACCAUGUUUCAGAACUCCUUAUGGUGGGCUUUCCACCAGGUCAGCCCCAGCCUCUCCAAGUCAUAUAAGUGGGGUGUUUACUCCUGAAAGUCUGUCUCGGGACAGUAGUCCUAUCCCAGAGGCAGCCCCAGAAACAGAAGUUGUCAGCACUGCAAUUGUCAGCAACAACAUGACGACUACCACCACCACUAACAACAAUAACACUCAACAUCAGGCCACCAAUCGCAUCGCUUCAGAGUUACGUGUAAGCCAGUCAGCACCUGGAUCACCGUCAGAUGGAUCGAAAAUGUCGCAGUUGUUGUUCGUGCUAGAAAAUUACAUGGAACCAACUACAUCACAUAUCAUGUCAGGGCCUCAAAGCUCCUCUAACGUCCCUGCUAUUCAUCAACUGCCUACAGUGAUUACCAAACCUAAGGUGCUCAUGUCCGAGCCAGCCCGAGUCAUAGUAAAUGGACCGACAUCUGCAGGACAUGCCUCCGUGCUAACAAAUGGUGCUGAUUUUGAAGUGAAAAAAGAGACAAUCAUCAGUCAAGAUGGAAGCACAAACAAUGUAACAUCAGGAUCAGCAGGCAACCAAAUGCCAGUGGCAAGUUUGAAGACCAUCAAAACAACACCAUAUGCUGCAGUGAAUGUGAUUGCUCCCUCCACAGCAUCCUCUCAACAACAGCAUCAGGUGGGUGGUGGUGGUGGAGUGGUGUUAAGCGGUGGAGCUUCUGCCCACUCCUUGUUGUCGUCGUCUUCUUCUUCUUCUUCUUCUUCUCAGGGCCGAACAGCAGCAGCAGCCGGCCAAUCUGUAGCAACGACAGACUCAGCUGCCGUAGUAGCAGCUGCCCUUCAAAUGGCAGUCAUGGGAGCUGGAGAUGGAGUGGCUGCAAUACACACCAGAGUGUUGGUGCCCAAUAACAAUGCAGGUUCAGGAUUGAAACGGGAUCCUGAAGAUCAGGUAGAAGACCGACAGGAGGAGGAUUUACACAAUGCAAAAAAACUUAAAAUGGAACCUGUUUCCUCCAUAACCCCAAGGCUUGAGGCUUUUUCAUUGUUGUCUUUCCUGGAUCCAUUGUUGGUUUGUCUGAAAAGGAACCCCAGUUUGGUUAUCUUUUCUGAAUUCUGUCCCUCAAACAAGAGUGAGUGGGGAGACAUUGUGAUCACAACAUAUUCUCUUUUUUUCCUAUCUUCCUCUUCCCCCCCUCCUCUCUCUCUCAUGUCAGUAAGCCAGAAUCAAGGUUUCUGUGUCCUUCUGACACCCCCUCCCCUCCCAGUGAUGCUGACAGUGCCUUGA